UCAAGAUAAAUAGACGGUUAUAAAUGAACUUAGUUUAAAUGGAUUUAAAACUUCCGCAUCUACAAAAUAUACAGAAGCUAAGGCCAAAUUUGAAAUAUAACGAUUAAGAUUUGUUUAGCGGAUAUGCUUUCGAUAUGUUUGAUUCUGAUUGUUGGAAUUCUUUAUUGUUCAGCAUACGACAAUUUAUCGAGGAGAAAAUAUACAAAUCAACAUAGGCAUUGGACAUGUGUACCAUCAUCUUGUCAACAAUAUGCCUCCCAUAACGCCAUUGAUGAAAACACUAAUACUUGCACGAGAACAGAUACAAUAAUGGCAUAUGCUGGUUCAUAUACUUGGUGGUACGUGGACUUUGGUGAAGUGAAAAGCAUUUCCUACAUUAGGAUAAAAUUUAAAUCAUAUAGCGGACAUGAGAUCCGACAAAGAGGUCGCUUUGCGGGAUUUUCUCUUUAUCUCUCAAACACCACAGAUAAAGAGGAUGGCUACCGUUGUUACAUUGACGGUCCAGAGUUACCGCCCCUGGACUUUAAUACAACAUGUAUAGGUCAUGCGCGAUACGUCAUCUACUAUAACGAGAGACUUCCUGAAGGACAAUAUCUAGAGGGAUACGCAGAUGGCUAUCCGGAAGGAUUCCAACUCUCUUCUAUUACAGAGUUAUGUGAUGUAGACGUACAAGGUAAUUAUGAAUUGAUAAUAUUAUUCUAA